AUGAUUCGCUCGGCAUGUCGCACUGCUAGUCCAGCCGUUUCCGAAGUUUCAAUACGGAAGAGCUCCACACUGCGAUGCUGGGCGACAGGCUCUACGUCGAAAGCUGCUGAAGCGGCGCGCCGGCCGUGCUCGACGUCAAGAGCUCAUCGUCCUUGCGCCACCUCGCGAUUUGUUCCAUCACGGUGCUUCUCCACCUCGAUAUCAGCAUAUCAAUCCGCAUCGACCGCAUUACCGACGAAAGCAGGUGCACGCGAUGUGUCCAAGUUCGACCAGCUCGAAACACGCACAUUCUCGAUCAUCAGUCACGUUGACCACGGCAAGUCAACCCUCGCAGACCGCUUACUCGAGCUCACAGGCACAAUCCCCUCGGACGGAUCGAACCAGCAAGUGCUCGACAAGCUCAAGGUCGAAAGAGAGCGAGGCAUCACAGUCAAGUCGCAGGCCGUGACCAUGGUGUACGACUACGACGGCCCGCGCGACGACUUCAUCUCUGCAUUCGACGACGGAUUCGCUCCCAAGCCAGGCCGAUAUCUGCUCAACCUGAUCGACUGUCCGGGGCACGUCGAUUUUUCGUACGAAGUAAGCCGCUCGCUCUCGGCAUGCCAGAGCGCGCUGCUCGUCGUCGACGCUACACAGGGUGUGCAGGCGCAGUCGAUCACCGUGUUCGAGCUCGCCAAGCAGAAGGAUCUCGCCAUCGUCCCCGUGCUCAACAAGAGUGAUCUCCCCGCUGCCGAUCCGGAACGCUGCUUGAUACAGAUGGAAGAAAUCCUCGGGAUCGAUACCACCUUACCGGGCCAGGAGCCGCUGUUGAUAUCCGCAAAGACAGGCAGGGGCGUUGACGGAGUCUUGCGCGCGCUGGUCGAGCGGACCAAGCCGCCGCCCGGUGUAGAGGGUGGGAAGCUGAAGGGCAGAGAGGGACCGGGAUUCCGCGCGCUGGUGUUCGAUAGCUGGUACGACCAGUACAAGGGGGUCGUGUCGCUGGUGUCGAUUGCGGACGGCGCUGUGAAGAAGGGCGAUAGGAUUACGUCGUGUCACACGGGCAAGCGGUACGAGGUGCUCAGUCUGGGUGUCAAUUCGCCGGACAUGAUAGCUACGAAUGUUUUGCGCAAGGGGCAAGUCGGCUGGAUUAUCGCCAACAUGAAGGACAUGGGCGAGGCACAGAUCGGUGACACGUUCCACCUGGCAUCCGAGAAGGUCGAGCCGCUGGAAGGAUUCGCACCGACUGUGCCCAUGGUCUACGCUGGCAUCUUCCCCAUCGAGACGACCGACUUUCUCAAGCUCGAAGAAGCGAUUCAACGGCUCGCACUCAACGACCGCUCUGUGACCGUGCAGCGAGAGUCGUCGAUGGCGUUGGGGCAGGGCUGUCGGUUGGGCUUCUUGGGUUUGCUCCAUCUCGAUGUCUUCCGUCAACGCCUCGAAGACGAGUACGGACAUGCGAUUUUGGUCACCGCACCCUCCGUACCGUAUAAAGUCACUUGGCGAGAUGGGCGCGAAGAGAUCGUUUCGAACCCGAUCCAUUUCCCCGACGACUCGGAACGCAAAGCCAAAGUGACGCUGCUGGAAGAACCGAUGGUACGAGGCGUGGUGCGAUGUCCCGAAGAGUACACGGGCGAGAUUAUGCAACUCUGCGCCGAACACCGUGGCGAACAGCUCGACGUCUCGUUCCCGCCCACCGCCUCAGCCAUUCGAUCCGUCCAGAUGACCUACCGACUGCCGCUGUCGGAAAUCGUCACUGACUUUUUCGACAAGCUCAAAUCGUGCUCGUCCGGGUUCGCCUCGUUCGAAUACACCGAGGACGGCUAUGCUGCGAGUGAUCUGGUGAAGCUCAACUUUCUGAUCAGCAAUACGGUGCUCGACUCACUUUCGAUCAUCAUGCACCGCUCCAAGGUUGUGUACAGCGCGCGCCAGUGGACCAAGAAACUGAAGGACAUCAUUCCGAGGCAGCAGUUUGAGGUGUCGAUCCAAGCGACGACAGGGAGCAAGGUGAUUGCGCGCGAGACGCUGUCUGCCUAUCGCAAAGACGUGACGGCCGGGCUGUACGGUGGUCAUUACGAACGUAAACUCAAGCAUCUCAAUAAGCAGAAAGAGGGCAAGAAGAGGCUCAAGGCGUUGGGUGUGGGGCGGGUACAGAUUCCGACAGAAAAAUUCCUCGAGGUACUGGACACUCGGUCUAAAGCAAAGUGA